AACUAUAAAAAGUUAUAACAGAUUACUGAAAUUCUGUGGUUGAACUUGAAAUAGAGAAUGUAGAUGCUUUGUCGCUCAAUGUGUAUAUCAAAACUCAGCCAAACACAAGGGAAAGCAACGUUGGAGUGACAGGAUAUAUCUAUGGAGGACAUGAAACAGAGGCAUUUUGUGUUAGUCCAUGGAGCCUGCCAUGGAGCUUGGUGUUGGUAUAAGGUUGUAUCUCUGCUUCAAUUAGCUGGUCACAAGGUUACAGCUUUGGACCUGAGUGCAUCUGGAGUAAACCCUAAGCAGAUGAAGGAUCUACAUUCUAUCUCUGACUAUUUUGAUCCAUUGAUAGAAUUCAUGAGGUCUCUGCCGGAAGAAGAGAAGGUGAUUAUAGUAGGUCACAGCAUGGGUGGCCUUAGCAUAUCUGCUGCGAUGGAGAGAUUUCCUGAGAAAAUUUCUGCUGGAGUAUUCGCUGCAGCUUUUAUGCCUGGCCCUGAUCUCAGUUACUUGGCUAUAAAAGAAGAGUUUGAUAAAGAAAUUGAUGAUAAACAAGUGGGCGUAGAAUUUAUUUAUGAUAAAAAAAUUGAUGACAAAUCUCCAAUUGGAUUUCAAUUUGGACCCAAGUGCUUGUCAAAUAUGUUGUAUCAGCUCUCCCCGAACGAGGAUCUUGUUCUAGCUACAUUCUGUUUGAGACCUUUCCCUCUCUGUGGAGGUACACCAAAUGUGGUGAUCUCCAAAGAGAAAUAUGGAUCGGUUCCUCGAAUUUACGUUGUGUGUGAUCAAGAUAAGAUAAUACCAGAAGGCCUGCAGAGGUGGAUGAUCAAAAACAAUCCAACGGAUGAGGUAAAGGUUAUCAAUGGUUCUGAUCAUAUGGUCAUGUUUUCCAAACCACAAGAACUUUGCUCUUGCCUUCAGGAGAUUGCCAUGAAAUACAUGUGAAUUCCGCUGAUGCACGAUGGAAGAUAAGAAAUUAAGAUUGCAAAAUAAAGAAUGUCAUUGGGUGUUUUCCUAAAUUAAGUGACAUCUUUGAAUAAUAUUACCAAACUGUUUUCUUCAAUUUGAUACACUAAACGAGUUGUAACUGAAAUUUAUUAUUAUUAUUAUUAUUAUUAAGAUGCAAUAUCCUUUUCUAACCCA